CAAGCUUAGAGGGUGUUGUAGAGGCUCGUUCUUUAUAUGUUCUUUCAGUUAAAAGAUGGUUAAUUUUCUUAAUUAAGGAUUUGUUAUAAGCUGUAACUUAAUGACAACCAAUACGCUGGCAUUGUUGCCUUCGUACGGAGAAGAGCCAAUUUAUGUAGAUGAACUGUGAGAACCUGUUUUCCAGCUUUGAUACAUGUAGAAAUAUGAAUUGUACGGAGUAUUAAACAAAAAAGGGUAGGAUUGGAAAACUACUCCUAUGUAGUGACUUAAAAAAUUACACUCCUGCAAUUUAAGUUUCAUUUAGUAAUUUCCCCUUUUUAUUAUCCCUAUGGCGGUGGUACAUAUAUAAACUGCACAUAAACACCAUCUUUUUCCGGCAGAGGAGGGAGAGAAGGGGUUCAGUGAAGUGCUGCGAUGGCGGAGAAGCCCCAACCUGUUCAGGUUUUGUAUUGUGGAGUUUGUGGUUUACCCCCUGAGUAUUGUGAGUUCGGCGGACCCGACUUCGAGAAAUGCAAACCGUGGUUGAUCCAGAACGCACCCAAUGUCUAUCCAGAUCUUCUUAGAGGAGCUGAUGGAAAAGAAUCAGAUACAGUAGCUGAUCAGUUUCAAGCAACUUCGAUCUCUGAUGCUGGAGCAGGUUCUUCAGCUCCUAAGCAGGAAGAAGUGAAACGCCUUCCAGGUGGAAAGAUAAAAAAGAAAGACAAGCAAGAAGUUGUGAUUGAAAAGAUGACUCGUAAUAAGAGAAAAUGCAUCACUACCAUUAAGGGGCUAGAAUUAUUUGGCAUCAAACUAAGCGAUGCCUCAAAAAAGCUUGGUAAAAAGUUUGCCACAGGAGCCUCUGUAGUUAAGGGCCCAACCGAAAAGGAACAGAUUGAUGUUCAAGGAGACAUAGCGUAUGACAUUGUGGAUUUUAUUACAGAGACCUGGCAAGAUGUUCCUGAGUCUGCAGUUUUCUUUAUUGAAGAUGGGAAAAAAGUUCCGGCUGUAUAAAAUUUUGGAGGCAAUUUCAUGCAAAACCUUAAUAACCUUUGAUUAUGCUAUUGUGGACAUGUAUAUAUGCGAGAUAUUUAAACAAAUUAUCAUAGUUGUGCACCUGUGCUUGAAGGUAUAGAUGGACAUGUGAACAAUGCAACUGCCUUUUGCAUCUAAUUUGACUUGCAUCCUGAUCAUUUUCUAGUUUUUAUCUUGACUGGCAAUUCUUAUAUGUACUCCCAGGAACUCCGGCUUAAAGUUUGUGGCUAGAUUUUAGCAAUCUUUACCUGCUAAGAUGAUGCUUA